AUGUACUUUGGCAGAGCCAUUAAUCAAUACAGUUAUGGGAUAGGCGUCUUGCUGAUAGCAUCCAAUGAUUCCUAUAUACCUCUACCCUUCAAACUCCGGUUCAAAGUGUCUAACAAUGAGAAUGAAUAUGAGGCGUGUAUCGUUGGCUUGGAAGCUGCCCUUGAACUAGGGACAAUAAGGUUGGACGUCAUCGAAGACUCGAGCUUGGUUGUUUCUCAAGCCAAUAGAGACUGGAAUGUUAAGGUAGAAAAAAUGAAGGUUUAUCAUCAAACCCUGGAUGUUCUGAUUCCAAGAUUUGAAAAACUGACAUAUACACAUCUGCUAAGAGAGAACAACCGGUUCGCUGACGCAUUAGCAACUCUAUCUUCCAUAGUAGACAUCCCACUUGGAGUCAAGAUGCAUCCGAUUAUCAUUGAACAGAAGUAUACGCCUGCCUAUGAGACCAUUACGAUAAAUAAGGUUCAAGACAAGAACCCCUGGUAUUACGACAUUUGGAAUUUUUUGGAGAAUGAUACGUAUCCACCAAGGGAAAAUGCUAAGGAAAAAAGGGGAAUACGGCGUCUGGAAAUGCGCAAGCUCUGCGUCGAAGAAGAAGAAUCGAAGCGUCUCAUGGAGGCCAUUCAUGGGGAGAGUGUGGAGCACACAUGA